AUUUCUCAAAACAUAUCUUCCUUGAAUCAUCAAGAAAACACUAGCAAAUUAACCAUUACAACUUAUUUUUUCUUCAACUUCUUGAAUAUGGAAAGAGUGAUGAAGUUGGGAGCAGAAAGUCCGGUGGUGAUUUUCACCAAGAGUAGUUGUUGCAUAUCUCACAGCAUCGAAACCUUAAUUCGUAGUUUUGGCGCAAAUCCUACAAUUUAUGAACUUGAUGAACUUCCAAAUGGGAUGGAAUUGGAGAAAGCAUUGGUUGAAUUAGGGUGUAAGCCCAGUGUGCCAGCAGUGUUCAUUGGGAAAGAAUUAGUUGGUGGUUCUAAUGAGAUAAUGAGUCUUAAUUUGAGGGGCAAUAAGCUCAAGCAAUUGCUUAUAAGGGCUAAUGCAAUUUGGGUAUAAAACUAUAUGUACCUUCUUUUCUAUAUGUGAGUUUAGAAAAAUUGAUAGCUAAGCCAGUUAUUGAAUAUUUAAUCUAUUGGUAGUUGUUGCUCUUCUCUUUU